AAAAAUAUUUUGUUAUAAGGAAAAAGUCAGUUCCUUACUUGUUUAUAUGGUAUACCAGAAAGAAAAUAUAUUUUAAUGACUACCAAAUUUGUGAUCGAUGUAUCGACGCAGUGUGACCAGCAAAUACAACAAUUACGAUGGUAGUUGCAUAGACUGAAAAGUUUUAACGCAUACAACUCGGCGAAAAACAUUUCCGCAAAAUUCUAAAACGAAAAAUGGACAUUUUUGAAAAUACUUUUGUAAGAGGGCCCUCGCCAUCAUACUCUGAUGAAGCAAACUCUGAAACCGGCUUAUCCGUUACACUACCUAUUGAAGCUGCCGACAUGGAACUGGACCGUAAUGAUUCGAAAUCGGAUACUGUGAAUUUUUUCGACGAGAAGUUUAAUUCCGAUUACGAUGAUGAUAGCUUUUCGCACUUGCAUCCAGGUCGUCAGAUGCGUAAAAGUUAUGCAUUUUGGACCGCUGUCGUAGUCCUGCUAAUGCUGACUAUAGGCAACCUGAUCUUGACACUAACAAUAAUGGGUGUGUUAAGGUUGGGAAAGGGUGUAAAGGGCAUGGAAAUGAUUCCGGAAGUGGAUCUCAUUAAAUUCUAUGAUGAAACCGAUUUGGACCGCAUCCAAACAAACUCUAUUGGAAUACAUGGAUUUUCUGAUGUACCUGUAUCGAUCACCAGCGAUGGAGACUAUAGUGGAGUGCAUUUGCGAGUCUUUCGAAAUGUGAAUGGCGCCAGUGCCUUAUAUGAACGCGAUCUGGUUGUGCUUGACAAGGGCGGAAUUGCAAUUGAAGCCAAUAUGUUUGAAAUCAAAGAUCCAUCUGACCAAGCGACUCUUUUUACAACCCACCGCCCGCAAUACAACAUACCUGAUGGAGUGGAAGGUGACCUACAGACCAAGGUGGCCAGUGCGAGCCGCGUAUCCAGCCCAAUUGACGUGCCUUUAAUUAUGGAUAGCGACGGUCACAUUGCCAUCAAGGGAUCCGAGGGUGUAUUCCUCGAUGGGGCAACCAUAGAGGUGCAGGUCGAGCAUCAUGUGUUGCUCAACUCCACUCAGGGUGCUACAGUACUGGAGGCAGGUAAAGGAAUUUUUCUAGACAUGGAUCGCAUACCCGUUGUAAGUUCGGAGCUUGGCCUCCGUACCGGUAGCGUGCAGUACAAGAUUUGCGUAUGCAUGCCAAUUGGCAUACUAUUUCGCAUAGCCAUUCCUCGAGUGCACAAUGGACCCAAAAUAUCUUGUGCCCACUUUGACAGCCAGUUUGAUCCCUGUGAGAUCAACUAAAUAUACAAUAAAAUAAACAUGACAAUAUCUAAUAUAGUAUUCCCUAUUAGAAGUGUUACGUAGCAAUUUUUUAUUUGAAUUUAAGAAAAAUGUACAAGAACUUGGAAGGUUAGUUGGUAUGCCUUAAGAGAACCUUACAAUUUUUGAAUUUGUUUGUUGAAUAAAAAGAUAAACCAACUAGAUCCAAACGAUAUCAUUUCAAUUGUUUUGAUUGUUGGAUAUAAUACAGAAAUGGUAUUCAAUUCGUUGAACGUGAAUGUACAUAAUGAAAGGUGAAAAUUAAAAGAAAAUUAUAAA